GUUUCAAAAGAAAUGCACAGGUCGGAUCUUUCCGUCUGCUGUUUGCACUUGCACGGACUCGACAACACGAACACCGUCAUUCACUCGGGAAACGGAUAUGAAGUCUCUUCACCGCGUUAGGUAUUCUGGUGUGCAAUGGACGACAGCAACGCGGUGAAGCUCUUUGUUGGAAAUCUGGAUGCGGAAACAACACAGGAUGACCUAAUAGCGAUUUUUGCCCCUUACGGAGAAGUGGUGACCAUAACUGUACUGAGGCAGUUUGCCUUUGUCCAUCUGCAGGGAGAAGGGGCUGCUGACCGUGCCAUCCGUGAUCUGAAUGGUCUUGACUACCGUGGCAAGAACCUUGUAGUUGAGGAGUCCAAAGGGAGACCUCUCAAUUCCACCAAAGUGUAUGUGGGGAACCUGUGUGCUUCCUGUUCAGUUGAAAACCUGUAUGAUCUUUUCUCGGCUUACGGCAAAGUUCUUGAUUGUGACAAAGUAAAAACUAAGCCUUCCUCUAUAGUUGGCUACUCCUUUGUGUACAUGGAGCGCAAAGAGGAUGCAGAACAAGCCAUCGGGGGUCUUCACGGGACCUCAUUUUUGGGACGUCCGCUUUCAGUAGAGCUCUCAAAGGUACAGCAGACUACCAACAAGGUCCCGUGUGCCAGCUGCGGCGUACACGGCCAUUUUGCGGGAGAGUGCCCGAUCAACAGGCCUCCCAUGGAGCACCACCAGAGUCAAUCAGCUGUACUGGCAGCUGCUGUCGCUGCUGCGGCCGGGCUUCCCAUUCAGGUGCAGCAGAGUGUCCACAACUCCUUCUACAACACUGCUAGCAGUGACCCAACAUUUGCAGCUCUGAAAGACUUGACCACUUCCAGGUUCGAUGGCAAACCUGUUAGCGCCGCAGUUUACGGCGCUCUGGCGAGUCAGGUGUACAGUUCCGUCACAGACGAGGUACUCAGCACACCCAAGACCAGGCCACCGGAAGCCUACCCCACUGAAGGAGAGGCAGCAGCGUAUGGGACCACGGGAGGCACAGAGCUUGACCCUCAAGCCCUCUUUGAGGCCGCCCGUGCCCGAUUCUUUGAGAAAGGCCAACGAGUUCUGGCGGAACAGCAGGCUGUGACCAAAUCCGACCGAGACCGGAGCCCAAUACGGCGCUCUGCCCCAUUACUGCCUGACCCGGUUCCCCAGCCUUUUUCCCAGGCGCGACCCAAACGGCGGGCCCUGCUUCCAACACCACCUGGUGGGCCAGAACUACCAGCAGUUAAAAAUGGAGACCCGAUCGCAAGGUGCUAUGCAGAGUACUACCAACAGUACCAGCAAUACCAACAUUACCAACAAUACCAACAGUACCAGCAUUAUCAGCCAUACCAGUACAGCUAUCCGCCACCCCCACCGCCCCCUCCGAUGCCCAUGGUAUCUCCAGGCACAGUGGAUGCGCAUCAGAUGGCUGCCCCAGGCACCGCACCUUCACCAAGAGUGUAUGAGCCAUCUUCAAUACACAAGGAGCCCCUCCUAUGCCGUCCUGAGUUCCCUCCACAACACACAUCCGAGUCCCCAUAUCGAUAGCCCCCUUCACCUUACACUCACAAGUGUGUGUGCACAUGUGAUGAGAAUGUGAGCGUGUUGAAUUUGGUCCUACAGACAAAACUGCAGGAGAAAGGGAUUAAUUGAAUUAUUGCAGCCCCCCAAAAAAUCAAAUGUCAUUCACAUUAAGUAGAAAAGUUAAUUGGCCGUAAAAAUGUAGAUUCUGAGCUCUAAACAAUACGAAUCGAGUGCUCCAAAUGAUUUCCGGUUUUGUAGAUAAGAUGUAAAGCUCAUCUAGUCAGAUUCAGCGAUCUCUAAAGUCAAAUGACUGUGCCUUGACGAAAUGAACUCCCAGUUUUUUUGUAUGCAGUUUUGUAAAACCUUCAGAUCAGAUACAGUUCUGUUUAUUAAAUACUUGACAAAGAGCAAGCAACCAUUAAUGUCUGUAUUUAAUCCAUAUAUAUAUAUAUACAUAGAAGGCAUAGCAUAUUUUGGACUGAAUGUUAAGAGGACCUGUGUAUGUGUGUCUGUGAGUGGGUGAGAACACAGAAUGUUAACAAUUUGAAUCAAAACAUUAAUUCGACAUUGACCACAAUCACAUAACACAUUAGAUAUAUUUCCUCAAGUCCUUUUUCAGUGGGAGGGGCUUCACUACAUUCAGUACCAACAAAACCACAAUCUUGUGCUUAACGGAACUUAAAUACUCUUAACCCACUGCCUCACUAGUGCAGAUGGGGUUACUUCUGCCCAUUUGAACAACAGUUAAACCAAGUUUAAAGUCACCUUUUGUAAAGAGAGGGCAAAAAAUAGAUGGCUUGUAGAAAGUAGUUUUUUGCUAAGCGGACCGAUGUUACUUUGUAGGCAUAUUCCUUGUUCUAAAUGUGCAUUCGAAUACCCUGACCGGAGAUGUCAAAGCAAACUAGUUCUGUAGCCUGCGAGUAGCUAUUGUGCAUGUUCUGCAGGAUUUAAAGAAAACAACUGCCAUCUCUGGCCUUGCAUCCCUCUCUUACAUGGACAGGACACUCUGGUUAUUGAAUAUAUAUAAAUAUGGUUGAAAAGAGAAAAAGGUUUUACGUUAUUUUGUUUCUUUUGAAAAAGCCCCAUGCAAUUUUUUUUUCCACAUUUACAUUAUCAUAGUGUCUAUCCGUAGAGUCAUGUGAAUUGUUUUCAGGGUGAAACAUUUAGUUAUUAGGGAUGGGGAGUGUGAGAGCUGUUCAGUACGGCGCCUUCAGGCCUAACAUAUAGCUAGUUACUGCAAUUGGUUCUGAGCGUUAAAAGCGUUGCUUCAAACAUUGUAUUUUUGUUCUUUAAAAAAAUGUCUUUUCCCAGUUCUUGAGCGUUUUAGGCAAUUCAAUUAAACAUUAAUGUUACACAAUCAUAAAGUGAAAGUGACUUUGUCUGAAUAAUAAUUGUAGAUUCAUGCAGAGGGUUUAAACACGAUGACAUUGUUAACAAAAGGGAAUCUACUCAAGUGCAUCUGCUAUGGAACACAUCAAGCCUUAAGUUAUUAGCAUUGGCAAGUUACUCCGAUGACAACUUCUGCUAGUAAAAUAGUUUUGAGAUUAUUUGUUAUGAGAUAAUUGAGUAGCUUCCCUUUGAGUACAACAUUGAAAACUGUAUUAUUGUAAUUGAAAGCUAUUAUAAAAAGAAUGGUUUGGUUAAUCAUGUUAUGUAUGUCCUCUUUCCCUAGAAUGCCCCUCAGGCAGUCUUCAGUCUUUCAUUCCAAAGAAAUAUGGUGGGGUACACACACAAAACUCACUUAGCACAUGUAACGCAUACUUUCACCAUUCGCAGUGACACCUGUAACAUUUGACCUCAUUUUGUUUGAUUAAACCUCACAGGCAAACAUUCACUGUAGUGUUGAUGUUCUCCAUAUAAUGUAUGAUGAAAGUCAAAACGUGGUGGUGGUGUAGCUUAUUUCAGCACACCAGGACCCCACUCGACUGAUUCUAAACAGUACAUUAUUGUAGCUAUUGUGUAUUCCUUUCAUAAAUAGACUCUUGCAUGUCUUGUUAUUCUUACUGCUGUUGCAGACACAUUUUCCCUUUUCGCUAACUACAGCUAAAAUGGCUCCCGGGCCUCAGGACGGCAAGUUGAGCAUGACGGGGGAAGAGAAUUAGCGCCCCACAAUGCCUCGGAUGUGGUCCCCGCUAAGGUAAAGCCAUUUGCCCCAACCACGCCUGCACCUCGAUCAUACACUCCCCCUUAUUGAUUGCUGGGGAUGCUCAGAUCUCUGACCCACACAGAGUUAAAGCUAACACACAGCGGGGAUGACCCUUCUUUCCUACUAUGUGGUCAGUGCCUGUUGAGGGAGAAUUGUGUCUUGGAGCAGUAGAAUCAACACGAAUACAAUGUUCUCAUAUCAUUUGAUAUUUUGGGGUUACAGAAAUAACUACACUUUUUGCCCCCUAAAUUGUCACAGAAAUGUAUUGAAUCCAAUCUUGAGCAUUUGGUUUCUUUGAGGUUUUGUGUCUUGCAAAUGGCAUCAACUUGAACAGGCUCUUAGGCAUUUAGAGGGAACAAUCCAAGUUGGGUGUUUGAGCUUAUUUUUGCCUUGGCUUGUUCUGUGGCAUUUGGUCUUUUUGAAGCACUUCCAGUCAGGCAAGACGAGGCACGCGCACUUAUUCAAAGCUGAGGUGCUCCAGGUGCGCUUUGAAUACGCAGUGCUGUCCAAAAGACCAGAAUCAAAGUAGGACAGUCGUCUUGUAGGUGAGUAAUCAAUGCGACCAGCCCAAAUACACACCUCUCAAAAAAAAACAGCUCACAUUCUUUAUUUUUCAAAUCUUGUUUCAUAAUUUCAAGAUUCUCGAUUCAAGCUUUGUUGAAAAAUUCCUGUAAGUGGAAAGAAAACCUAUUGUUUUCCCAUCACACUAACACUACAUGGCUUGUUUAGGCUGGUUUUUCAGUCUUAGGAAAAGGAUUAAGCAUAGGUCAGUUAAACGUUUGGUCUCCUGCAAAAAGAUUUGUCAAACAUUUCUAAAAACCAUCACUAAAAAUGAUUUCCGAGAUAUUUGGUUGCGUGUGUUUUGUAAAAUUACAGUAUGCAUUUCUAUAAUUUAUGUAUAUCCCUCCAAUUCCCUUGGUCAUUGUGAAAAUUUCCCCUCAAACUUCUAAUUGACAAGUGUUUUAAAAAAACUGACAUGGACAAGAAAACAUUACUUGCAUCAAAAACAUGAUUGUAUAUGAUGGAAAUAUAAAAUACUGAUUCAGGGAUACUACUUUAGUCUCGUUAAUCUAUUUUUUCUUGGUAUGGAUGGACAACACUUUUUUUGUGUGUAUUUAAAUGUUAAGUUUUAUUUUUUUCUCAAUAUUUGCAUACUUGCAUUAGGCGAUAUUCUUUGUAUUUAGUUCUUGUAAAGUUCAAUAAAUAAUGUUCAA